GGAUGCUUCUGAUGCGGCAGGGAUAAAGCAACGCGAGUCUCUCCCAAGAUUUCUCCUCCUCUGGAGCCUCGGGCGAUUACUGAAAUGCUCCAGGAGAAAAGCUUGUCUGAAGCAGAGGACGGGUUUGUGGCGCCCCAGGCCCCCGGCCAUGUGGAAACAGCAGCGGGUUCUCCAGUUCUUGGCAUAGCGGGAGUCAGCAACACGCCUCUGAACAGCCCACAGGGUCCAGAUCCAGAACAGACUAUUGAGAAUAUCAAAGUGUACCUGCACGAGAAAGAACUAUGGAAGAAAUUCCACGAAGCCGGCACGGAGAUGAUCAUCACGAAAGCCGGAAGGAGGAUGUUUCCAAGUUACAAAGUUAAAGUCACAGGAAUGAACCCGAAAACCAAAUACAUCUUGUUGAUCGAUAUUGUCCCCGCGGAUGACCAUCGAUACAAAUUUUGCGACAACAAAUGGAUGGUGGCUGGAAAGGCAGAGCCUGCAAUGCCCGGGCGUUUGUAUGUUCACCCUGACUCGCCUGCCACGGGAGCCCACUGGAUGCGCCAGCUGGUAUCCUUCCAGAAGCUCAAGCUCACCAACAACCACCUGGAUCCAUUUGGACACAUCAUUCUCAAUUCGAUGCACAAAUACCAGCCAAGGCUGCACAUUGUGAAAGCAGAUGAAAACAACGCGUUUGGCUCCAAGAACACGGCCUUCUGCACGCACGUGUUCCCUGAAACAUCUUUUAUCUCUGUCACCUCCUAUCAGAACCACAAGAUAACCCAGCUGAAGAUAGAGAACAACCCAUUUGCCAAGGGCUUUCGGGGAAGCGACGACAGCGACCUGCGGGUGGCCAGGUUACAAAGCAAAGAGUAUCCGGUGAUCUCCAAAAGCAUUAUGAGGCAGAGACUGGUGUCCACUCACGGUCAGCUUUCGGCUAAAUCAGAUGUCGGUUCGCUCCACGGGAGCCACCAGGGUCUCCAGCACUACCAAUACGAGAACGGCGCUCACAUGCAGUUUGCAGCUUCGGAUGCACAAGACUUGCCCCUCAACUCCUUCACGGCGCAAAGAGAGUCGGGGCUCUUCUAUCACUGCCUGAAGCGACGAGAGGGUGCCCGGCAUUUGGAUCUGCCCUGCAAGCGCUCUUACCUGGAAGCGUCUUCUUCCGUUGGGGAAGAUCACUACUUCCGGUCGCCCCCUCCUUAUGACCAGCAAAUGUUGAGCCCUUCCUAUUGCAGCGAAGUGGCGCCGCGGGAGGCAUGCAUGUACUCUGGUUCCGGGACCGAAAUCGCAGGUGUCUCCUCGGUAGAAGAUCUGCCUCCGCCACCUCCCCCUUUGAGUUGCAAUAUGUGGACUUCGGUUGCACCUUACACCAGCUACAGCGUUCAGACCAUGGAAACUGUGCCCUACCAGCCAUUCCCGGCUCACUUCACCGCCACCACAAUGAUGCCGCGCCUCCCCACCAUCACGAAUCAGAGCUCCCAGCCGCCCAGCAACAGCCCCUUUGCCGUCUACAACCAGCUCUCACAGUCUCAAGGACGGGAGAGAGUUCCUGCCACGUCCUUCCCGAGGGAAAGGGUGCACCCCUCAGUGUGCGAGAGGAAACCCCCCUCGCCCCACUUAAGCACAGCGAACGAAUUUCUGUACUCACAGACCUUCUCGCUGUCCAGGGAGUCUUCUUUACAGUAUCAUUCCGGCAUGGGGACUGUGGAGAACUGGACGGAUGGAUGACUCCGC